AUGUCAGGGAAGAGCCAGGAGGAUUACUACCAGGUCCUGCGGUUCAUUGACCAUCAACUCCCAGAAAGCAUUGCUUUGGAGAGAUUUGUUGCAGAUUUUGAAGUAGCACUGUGGAAGGCCCUAAAAUACGGUUCCCUGGAACACCCAUCCAAGGCUGAGUGUUCAACUGGACACGGGCGGUGUUUAGGAAAGUCCAGGAGCACGGACUUCAGCAAUUUGACUGCCUACAAGAAGAAGACUCAGUCUACAACACAUUGGGGAGACCUUCCUACUUCUGGAUGGUCGUGCACCAGAGGUUCUUGCUCCAGUGAUAGACUAUGUGUAGAGACCUUCCUACUUCUGGAUGGUCGUGCACCAGAGGUUCUUGCUCCAGUGAUAGACUAUGUGUAUAGGACGUGGAUCCGUUCUUCAGUCUUCAAGAUCCAUCACUGGAGUGUGUUCAUGACGUCCAUCCUGACGAACAAUGAUGUGGAGGGAUGGCACAACCGCCUUUACACCAGUGUUGCCACCAGGGGAUCGGUUCCCUUCAACCAUCUUCUUCUUGUUCUGCACAGGGAAGCAAUCAGCAUGGUGUCUGAAGGGAAGAUGCAGAGAUUCCAAAGGAAGAGGACAUUACAGGUGGAAGGUCGUGUCUUCAAGCUGUGGAACAACUACUGUGAAAUAUCGAUCACUGCGAGUAAACUGUUAAAGGGCUGUGCUUCCAUUUAUGGACCUCCAGCUUUGAUUAUGUGAUUCGUUGAUAUCGUGACAGCUGUGCCCCCGUGCAUCUUGAAAUGUAAUAAUGUCUUUUACUUAUAAAGUUUGUUUGUUAUUGUCACUGCAUUUAAAAUAUCUUGAUUUGUUUUACUGAGUUUUUUAAAUCACAAAUUGCCUUUACUGUUUGUUGUUGUUCGUUCUGCCUAUGUUUAAAAUUCAUAAUGAAUAAAAAGAUGGAUGUAGCUAAGAAUAUAAUAAUCGUUGUUCUUCAAAGGAUUUUAAUGAAUUAAAUUAGACAAAAUUGCAAAAUAAUUUAAUUGAAUACAACUACAAGCAAUAUAGUUCACACAGUAUCAAUAAUUUUAGUGGCAAGUGAAAAAGUUGCUUUUUAAUGGUAAAACAAAUGUAGUAAACAUACUAUAAUGCAAGAAAUUAAGGACGUGAUAAGAAAAUGAUUUAAAAACCACAAAAUAAUCAUUUCUGAUACUCAAUCCGUCUCCUUUAAUUAUU